UUUCACUUUUGUCGAGCACAAAGAAAAGAAAGUUUCUGCUAAAUUGAUCAGGGCAGAGGGAUUAGAUACUGCUGCACACAACACGAGAACAGCAUCAUGGUGGACGCAGCGGCAGCAGAGCUCUUCCUGGACGAUAACCCAGAGUUUGCUAAGAGUUACUACGACCUGAACUUCAGACCGCAGCUGAUCUCAGACCUGCUGGACGGCAGCCGGCGGAUGCAGGUGGACGUCAGCCGGUUCCACGACCUCACCACUGUGGAAGAGAGCGAGGUUCUGUUCGAUCUGAUGCGAGACAUCCAGGACAAUCUGCAGAUGGAGAGGUCCAUGUUCAACCUGAUGAAACACCUGAGCUUCAUGCUGAGGGCCGACCGCAUGAGCCUCUUCAUGUACAGGCAGAGGAACGGAGUCGCAGAGCUGGCCACCAGGUUGUUUAGCGUGACCAAGGACUCGUUGUUUGAGGAGUGUCUGAUUCCUCCGGACAGUGAGAUCGUUUAUCCUCUGGAUCUGGGGGUCGUCGGACACGUGGCGUCGACCAAGAAGAUGGUGAACAUCGCCGAUGUAUCCGAGAGCCCUCAUUGCAGCGACUUUGUGGACGAACUGACCGAAUAUAAGACGAAGAGCGUCCUCGCCACUCCGAUAAUGAACGGGAAAGAUAUGGUGGCCGUCAUGAUGGCCGUCAACAAGCUGGAAGAACCCUGCUUCACCGCCAAGGAUGAAGAGACCCUCAACAAGUACCUGUACUUCGCCAACCUGCUGCUGAGGGUCUACCACCUGAGCUACCUGCACAACUGUGAGACCCGCAAAGGACAGGUGCUGCUGUGGUCGGCCAGCAAGGUGUUUGAGGAGCUGACGGACAUCGAGAGGAUGUUCCACAAAGCGCUGUACACGGUCAGAGCGUUCCUGAACUGUGACCGCUACUCUGUGGGUCUGCUGGACAUGACCAAGACCAAGGAGUUCUUUGACCUGUGGCCGGUCCUCAUGGGAGAAGUUCCCCCGUAUGAUGGACCUAAGACUCCUGAUGGCAGGGAAAUCAUCUUCUACAAACUGAUCGACUACAUCCUCCACGGCAAAGAGGACAUCAAAGUCAUCGCGACUCCUGCAGCCGAUCACUGGGCGCUGGUGAGCGGGUUACCAACGUACGUGGCAGAAACUGGACUGAUUUGUAACAUCAUGAACGCAGGUCAGGACGAUUUCUUCAAAUUCCAGAAAGAGCCUCUGGAUGAUUCGGGCUGGACCAUUAAGAACGUCUUAUCUCUGCCCAUCGUCAACAAGAAAGAGGAGAUAGUGGGCGUGGCAACGUUCUAUAACCGGAAAGAUGGGAAACCCUUUGAUGAGCAGGAUGAAACACUGAUGGAGUCUCUGACUCAGUUCCUGGGCUGGUCGGUGCUGAACACCGAUACGUACGACAAACUGAACAAGCUGGAGAACAGGAAGGACAUCUUCCAGGACAUGGUGCUGUACCACGUCAAGUGCCGCAAGGACGAGAUCCAACACGUCCUGAACACCAGAGAGAGAUGGGCGAAGGAACCGGACGAGUGUCAGGAGGAGGAGCUGCAGGAGAUCCUGUCGGAGGUCCUGCCUGACUCUAAGAAGGUGGAGCUGUUUGAGUUCCACUUCUACGAUUAUCACCACACUGAACUGGAGCUGGUGAAGUGUGGAAUCAAGAUGUACUACGAACUCAAAGUGGUGGACAAGUUCCACAUUCCCAGAGAGGCGCUGGUGAGGUUCAUCUACUCCCUCAGUAAAGGCUACAGGAAGAUCACCUACCAUAACUGGAGACACGGAUUCAACGUGGGACAGACCAUGUUCACCCUGCUGAUG